CAUCCUCACCUCCUCUGCUCCAUCCCACAGGAGCCCCUCAAGAGCCUUCGCCCCAAGAAGCUCGACGUCCCCAGCGGCAGCUCCCAGAAGCCCCGAGAGGUGAAGGCUGUGCCCUUGGAGCUGCAGGAGGAGCUGGGAGACAGCCGGAAGCACAUGCGGCAGUCGACGACGGAGCACACGCGCCAAACGUUCCUGCGCAUCCAGGAGCGGCAGGUGCAGUCCAAGCGCAAGAAGGGAGGCCCCAACUACGAGCGGCCGCUGACGCAGGAGGAGCUGCUGGAGGAGGCCAAGAUCACGGAGGAGAUCAACCUGCGCUCCCUGGAGAACUACGAGCGCCUGGAGGCUGACAAGAAGAAGCAGGUUCAGAAGAAGAGGAAGUGCGUGGGGCCCGUUAUCCGGUACUGGUCCGUCACCAUGCCCCUGGUGCCAGAGCCCGGCAAGGAGGAGAACGUGGACGUGGAGGGGCUGGACCAAGACCCCCAGCAGACGGAAGCAGCUCCGACCCCGGCUCCCGCUUCGGCCGGGAAGUGCUCCCGCACCUUCAUCUCCUUCAGCGACGACGAAACCUUCGAGCGCUUCUUCCCCAAAGCGAAGCCGCCGCGGCUGCCGGUGCGGGAGAUCUGCCCCGUGACCCACAAACCGGCCGUGUACCGGGACCCCAUCACCGACAUCCCCUACUCCAACAUCCGCGCCUUCAAAAUCAUCCGGGAGGCCUACAAGAAGUACAUCACGGCGCACGGGCUGCCCAGCGCCGCUGCCUCCGCCGCCCUGGGGGCCGCUGCUGCCCCCGACCCCGGCGCCCGGCCCACCCGCCAGAAGAUCGUCAUCAAGCAGAGCGUCCCCAUGAGCUGAG